GUGCCCAUACGGCCAGCCUCCGCCCACGUCCCACCUCUCUGGGGGGUCUCCUUGCACGCUACCGCCCUGCACGCAACCCGCCGCCACCGCUGACCUCUCCACGCUAUAUGCCCCUCUCGCCACCACUCAAUCGAGCCUGGAGUCAAGAUAGAAUCAAGAUUACGAUGUGACUAGACAGAGCGACACUCACAGACAGGCAACACACAGGAACAGAUCAGGCCAAGCAAAGCAAAGGAGGAACAUCUCCAGAAAUUCAACCCAACAAUGGCGGACGAGUCAUGGAGGGUGCCGAGCCUUGUGCAGGAGCUGGCGGCCACCGUGCAGGAGCCGCCGAGUCGGUACCUGAUCCCCGAGCAGGACAGGCGCGACGGCCAGCUCGCCGGUGCGGAGAUGCCGGAGCCCGUCCCGACCAUCGACCUCCAACGCCUGUUGGCGUCCGACGACGACUAUGCCGACGAGGAAGCUACCAAGCUGCGCUCGGCGCUGCAGAGCUGGGGGUUCUUCCUGGUCACUGAGCAUGGGAUCGAGAGCUCUCUGAUGGAUUCUCUCGUCGCUGCAUCACGCGAGUUCUUCCGCAAGCCGCUGCAAGAGAAGCAAGCGUACAGCAACCUGAUUGAAGGGAAGCAUUGGCAGCUAGAAGGGUAUGGAAAUGAGCAGGUGUAUACCCAGGACCAGAUCCUUGACUGGUGCGACCGGCUCCAUCUCAGGGUUGAGCCAGAGGACGAGAGAAACAUGGAUCGCUGGCCCGGACACCCUGAAUCUUUCAGGGGUCUUCUGCACGAGUACAGUCAGAGCUGCAAGCGAGUCAAGGACGGGAUCCUCCGGGCGACGGCGAGGCUUCUGGAGCUCGACGACGACGACGGCAUCAUCGGCCAGUUCGGCGACAGGGGCUCCAUAAACGCCAGGUUCAACUACUACCCAGCCUGCCCGAGGCCCGACCUCGUCCUCGGCGUCAGUCCUCACAACGACGCCUGCGUCCUGACGCUGCUCCUCGCCGACGAGCACGUCGGCGGGCUGCAGUUCCACAGGGACGGGACCUGGUACUGCGUCCCGCCCGUUCAUGGCCGGCCCUUGCUGGUAAACGUCGGUGGCUCCUUGGAGGUACGAUAAUGUCGAAUGGGGCCUUCAAGAGCCCGGUGCACAGGGUGGUGACCAACUCUCAGAAGGAGAGGGUGUCCCUGGCUAUGUUCUACGCGACGGAUCUUGAGAAACAGGUCCAGCCGAUCGCUGAACUUGUAGAUGAGAAGCACCCAGCACGGUACAAGAAGAUUAAGUACAGGGAUCUUAUGGCUGCUCACUAUGAAUACUUCUCUAGAAGGGGGAGAGUUAUUGAGUCGCUGAAGGUCUAGGUGUCAUCAGGUCAUGUUCCUCGUAAAAAAAUUAUAAAAGUUGUAAGGUGACGUAUCUUUUAGUUUCACGUACGGGCAAUUGUGGCCGUGUAGGGGAACGUUUAUUUAUUGCGUGGUCGUUUGAACAAAUUGUGGCCCAGAGAUUAAUGAUGUGCAGCUCGAAAAAUUGAUAUAAUGGUCAUGUCAUGUGUCUCAUUA